AUCAUGCGCUUCUCGUUCGUACUGAUCUUCGCCAUCUUUGGCUGCCUUCUCCUGGCCCAGGAGGGCAGAAGUGCUGGCAGCACCACGACUACUGAGGCGGCCACCACGACGACUGCUGCCUCCUCUGGCGCGACGACCACCACCGCCGCCUCCACUUCCGACACCACCACCGCUGCCUCCUCCUCCUCCUCCGACACCACCACCACCAGUUCUUCCUCGUCCUCGUCCUCGUCCUCCUCUGCCGCUGCCAGGAGGCGCAGGCGUGCCCGCCGCCGUCGUCUUGCCCGCCAACGCCAGCGCCGUGAGCGCAGGAGGCAGCGUCAGAUACAGAGGCUCCGCCAGGAGCUCCAGAGCCAGCGACGUCGUAUUAACCAGCUGCGUGGCUGA